AUGGGGAGUCGACACAGUGUGUUUGGAGUGGCGCAACGGCGUCUACUAGUGGUGGGAGAAGACGAUGAUGCGGAGGUCCGCUACCGCAAAGCACGACAACGGCAUCGGCAACGGUUGACAUACGACCGAGUAAAGAUCAAGACAGUGCUGUUUCUGAAAAAGAACAAGAGUUUACACUCAGUGUUGAAAAAUUGGUGGCGAUUCAAGCGCAUCACUAGCAUGAGCAGGGAGCAGCAAAAGCAGACCUUCUUGACCAUGGCAGUAGUGUCACACUUUCUCUGUAACUACACCAAUAGAGGUGCCAAGCUGAACAAGGGACUCGCCAAGGUCAUGGCGUUGGUCUUUGUGCCUUUCAUGGCGCCACCGCUGGUGGUACUGGGGAUUCCGUCGCUCGUGCUCUUCCUGCCAAUCCUGAUUUUCAUCUGGGCCAUUUUGACACUCAAUCGAUCCGCCAAGAAAGUGCUUUUACAGAAUCGAAAACCAAAAAAGAUUCCCAACAACAGCUUUGGCAAGAGACUCUCCCGGAUGCUCUCAUUCUCCAGUCUUGGUCUUACUAGCAGCAAUUCAUCUCUCACAUCCAUUCGAAGCGACAAAACCAUUCAUCCAGCCACCAUCAAUUAUACGGAAUACAGAAGACAGGUUAUGGAAGAGUAUCACGAGAGAACCAGGCUAGAAGAUGAAAUACAACAAAUAGAAGACAAAAUCAGAAAGGAGGAGGAGGACGACAAGAAUCUGAGAAGAAACACUACUGCAGAAUCUGCCAGUACCAACGCAACAAUCGCCACUGCCACCGAUACCACCGGAGUCACCAGCAACAGUGUCGCCAGUGCCACCGAAGUUUCCGACGUGACAAUGCCCACCAUUGUCGAAGGAUCACCAGCAAUAAGAGCGUCCAGAAUAACUACGGGCAAUCAGAAAAAGACACUGCUGCGAAACACGUCCUGGAACUUGGGGAGCUCACGCAAAAGUUGGACUUCUUCCAUGACCAAGAGAAAGACAAGGUCGUUGGAUCGAAGACCCAGUCAAUAA